AUGCCGAGCAGUACAGUUUUGAACAUCCUUUUGGGAGUCUUCUUGGUGGUAGUGGUAGCAUACUUUGAGUGGAAAAGGAACCAAAAAAGCGUCCCUUCUCCUGCUGCGAUUGCUGCUGAUAAGAUUUCUCCAGUUGAUCCGCUGUGGAAAUGGGACCUGGCACCUCCGUUUCCCAUAAGGCCAUUUGUCAACAAGAGGAACUUCAACAUAUCCAUGGGGAUCAGAAAUCUUUCGAAGACCCCUGAAGAGUGGCUUCUUAUCGAGGAUACUUAUUUGGAGCAAACCAGAUUGAGGAAAAAAUACUCGAAGGAGUACCCCGACAAAACUACUCUUGCGUACAAUAACUCCAUUACUACACUGGCCAUUCGUGAAUUUUACGACAUAGUCAUCAACUUUCUUUUGAAAAGAUACCCACAGUACUUUGUGGCUACCAAGCUGGGUGGGGUCCAGAAUGCCAUCUCUGGAGAAAGCUUCCCUAGGUCCUCCAACAACCAAUCACCCCAAGACUUGGUGAAGUACCUUGCCUACCUCAUAGAAGAAGAUUUUUUGAUUCUUAUUAAGGAUGAGCCCACAAACCCCGAAGCUGAGUAUAUUCUUCGUGCCUCGGUGACUGGGUUUCCUGCUGGGUUCGAUCCUAGUGUCAACCACAAUCAACCAAUCUCUUUCAUCCAUGAGCCAGUGCCCCAGUAUGAAAAUAGAUUGAAGAGCCUGAUGCACAAUUUCUUUAAUAAAUUGCAACCCAAAGACCUUUGGGUAAGGCACAAUUGGUCUAUACAGACCCACAAGUCAUACUUCUCGCUUGGAUCUAAUCACGGCAGAGAAGGUGAGAUAAUCAAAGAAUUAGAAUUCUCAGAGAUCGACUUUGAGAAUGCAUGUUUCUUGAGAGUCGAGAGGCAAUGCUUGACCAGAUUGCCUCGUCUGAGAGCUGAUAUCAUGACUGUCAGAACUUACUUAACUCCCCUUGCUAAGGUCAAAGAGGAGGGAUUGGGACCAGAAUUGAUCAAGGCCAUUGAUCUGUUACCAGAUUAUUUGGCGUUUUACAAGAAAAGAGGUGCGUGGGGUAAAGCUGUCAAGCAAUAUUUAUCCGAAUAA